UGGAAAGGCACAUUCCUCUUUUGGAAAGAUCAUCUGCUGGCAAAACUAACUGAGAAAUUGAUAAGCAAUGGCAAUGUCUUUGAGCUGUUUGAUUUUUACUCUGGCUUUGGGAAUAAAUAUUUUGCUCGUUAGUGGAUUUAAUUAUGAUCAUGGAAUUGCGACAGCGGCUUGUAUUGCUUUGAGUCCACAGAGAGCUUACAGCGCGGCAAUUCCUCGCAAAUGUGGCGGUGGACAGUCAUGCGAUGCAAUCUGUCAAUCAAUCACUAAUAUGGGAUAUGGUGAUGCCUUCAACAAAAAACCUCAAUGCGUUGAUGCCUUGCAUAUUUACGCCAAACGUGGCCCUUACAAUACCCCCAAUACAUUAUGGCUCAACACCUGGAGGUACGGACGUUUCAGUUGUGCUGCUACUCACUGCGGUCCAAACUUUUGCUGUUGUUCUCGGUAAAAUUUGAAUGGCGUAUUGAUUCAAUAAAAUCAAAUCUGCACGUG